UUUUGUUUUGCUGGCUGGUUUUAAAAUGUUUUACAAAAACCAUUUACUCAGAUAUCGGAAAUCAAAAGGCAUUGAACAUGACGACAGAAACCUUUGUGAAGGAUAUUAAACCAGGCUUGAAAAACCUAAACCUUAUAUUCAUUGUACUGGAGACAGGUCGGGUAACCAAGACAAAGGAUGGGCAUGAAGUACGGACAUGUAAAGUGGCAGACAAAACUGGCAGCAUAAACAUCUCUGUGUGGGAUGACGUUGGCAACCUAAUUCAGCCAGGAGACAUCAUCCGACUCACCAAAGGGUAUGCAUCAAUUUUCAAAGGCUGCCUGACUCUGUACACUGGACGUGGAGGAGAUCUGCAGAAAGUUGGAGAGUUUUGUAUGGUUUAUUCUGAAGUGCCAAAUUUCAGUGAGCCAAACCCAGAGUAUGUGGCCCAACAGUCACAAAACAAAAAUACACAGAAUGACAAUUCAGCACCUGCAGCCUCUCAAACUGUACCAGGCCCCUCCUCCUCAGCAGCAGCAGCCUCUGACAACCAGAAUGGCAAUGGAUUGAUUACCCCCAGCAGCUCCACACACCCACCAACUGUUCCCACCCAUCCCACCAGUGGUCGCAUCACCCGGAGCCAGCCCAACCACCAGAGUGGAGGGUCAUUGGGAACAACUUCCUCUUCCAACCCAGUCAGCAAUGGCAAAGAGACACGGCGAAGCAGCAAGAGAUAAUGGGUGCAGGACUAGAGGGCAGCUCUUCUUUUACCAUCUGCUUGUUACCUUUUUACCUUCUACUGACCUAACCCUGAGGCAAGCAGUAGAUAGUGAGAAGAGAUGGACACUAGGCUGGAGCACAGACUAUGAAACCAGCUUAAUUUUAGCCACUGAAACGUACUUUUAACAUGUGAUGCUGAACACUGGGUGAGGAAUAUAGUCUUCAGCAUAUUUAUAUUUGUAUUUCAUGUAAAAGUUGUACUUUUCAGGACUCCCUACACAUGUAUACAACAUUUUCAUUCUCUGCAGGAAAUUGGCACAAUUACUCUUUCAUCUUUGUCUGAUUUUUGUCACACCAUUUAUCUGCUCAUAUCACUUCCCUGCCUUAUGGGCAUGUGUCCUUGAAUUUAGCUCCAUUUAGACUUCUGCAAUCCUUAAAAACCAUUUAUUGACAUGGUAGAUUCGUAGUGAGGUUUGUGAAACUAUCCUGGAUUGAAUCGUUUUAAGGUUGCGAACAAAAAGACAGCUAUGCUUGAAUAUCUAUGAAGUGCUUAGCUCUCAGAAUAUCUUUUACAUGGGAAAGGGGUAUAGCAAAUCGCACACAAAUUUAUGCAACCUUUUCCAAGCCAAACUAAUACUAUCUCUAGGUCACCAAUAAGAUCACGUGUUGUUUUUUUCCACAAAGACAUUUUUGAUAGCUUGAAGCAUCCUGUGGGUAGGCUUCCAUUCCAUAGAUGUAAUGAUGUUAGAUUAGAAGUGUGGGGAAACUGACAAGCAGGUUUUUAAUUGUUCUGAAAAACUAACACUUUAUUGUUGUUUUUGUGCUAGAUGGCUAAAUUAGAUUGUAUGUUUUUAUUCCAGUACACUUCAAUGUGGCUGGCAUCACAGUUUAGUGGGUCAGAUGGUCACUGGCUCCUUGGCACAUUAAAGCGCCAACCAGGAACCUGUGCCGCCAUCUUUGUUCUUAUUUAGUGCAAGGUCCUCAGAGAUGUUGCAUGUUGUUUCUGGCCUUUCCAAGCCUUAUGUGAAGAAAGUAUUAUUCUCACACUCCCCUGAGACACGGCAAGGGUCUCUGGAGCAUUCUCAGUUCUUGAGCUCUGUGCUCCUCUUUGGCCAGGCCUCCACUCCCACCUGAGAAACUGAAGGGUCUACCCAAGGUGAGGGGCUCCAAGGGCUUUUAAAAAGCUAUAGCAGUUAGUGGCCUGGAGGAACAUGAGUUAUGACCUACAUUGUAAAUGAAAUUGUAAACUUUGAGAAUAGGAUGGGAUUUUAAAACGUUUGCCCAAGUUUUAACACAAUUACUUAAAAGUCAAAUGUUUUACAUUUUUUGUAAUUGUAGAUCUAUGGCCAUAAACCAACGAUAUUUAAGAAUAUUUUAAAGGCCCUUUGCUUGGGCCUGAUUCUCUCCAUUCCUGUGCCUCUGUUCUUUUUUCCAGACUAUUAGUAUGAACUACUGGAAAACAGGUUGUGAUGGUGUGGUUGUUUUUACAGGAACAUUACAUUUGUCCACUCUGGUGUGGCUACUUGAGUGUACUAUCAGUGAAUGUUUUGGGAAUAAAUACUUCAAUCAUC